AUGGAACGGGAGCGAGGCAGGGAGACUACUUCCAUAGAAAGAAGCUUGAAGAUGAUUGCUGCUGAAUUUUACAUCCCAAAGGACAACAAGCUGAAGCCUCUAGGGGAGGAUACUCACUUCAUUUAUGCAGAGAAGCAGACCAUUGGUGUUGCAGAUAGUGUCGGUGGCUGGGCAAGAAAGGGCGUGGAUGCAGGCGAAUAUGCCCGAGAACUCAUGGCUAAUGCUGUCUAUGCAGUUGAAGAUCAACCUAAGAGCACUUUGGGAAACACAGAUGAUAGCCCAAGUUUAGCUGAGGAGUUUGAAGUUGUAGUAGAAGCCAGGGACAUCGUCGUUGCUGGAAUUGAUGGAUUGUUCGAUAACUUGCAUUCAGCAGAGACCGAGGAUAUAGUGAGUGUGUGUUUGAGACAAGGUAACAUGCCGGAGCUAUUAACUUGGACCAUGUCAAAGGUCGCUUGGGUAAAAUCUCUAGAAGAAUGGACUGACAGUCCAUUUGCAAUGGCCACCCACGAUGCAGGAAUUGACCACAGGGGAGGCAAAUAUGAUGAUGUUAGAGUGGUUGCAGCCUGCCUUCUCUCUGCAGGGUGA